AUGGUGCAGAAUAAUACCAAUAGGGAGCCGUCUAAUGAUGUGGAAGAUUCUGAGGGGAGUUCUAAUUCUUCUGUGAAUCCUAGUGUGAGCAAAAUUUCUGCAAGAGCAGUAAGAUUUAUAUUAUCACUAGUGGAAACUCAGAAUAGUAUAAUUAAUAAAAUACGGCUACAGAAAUCUAUUAGUCAAUUUAUUAAACAAGAGGAUACUGGUAAGGUCCGGUUUGAUGAAGUAUUCAGGGAGAUCAAUAAGAUACUAUGGGAGAUAUAUGGUUAUGAACUACGAGGAAUUCCUGCAAAGAAUGAAAAUGAAGAUAACCAAAGUGGAGUAUCUGAAACGCAGAUAGCUUCUUCUUCUAAUUCAAGCAAGUACCAGAAUUUUAUUCUUCUGAAUAAGCUUAAAUCUUUGGAUUCGAUAGAGGAGUUACGAUUUGAGCAUGGGAAUGAUAUGUAUAUGGAUUUAAUCGAAGAUGGAAGUUAUAGGGGAGAUGAAAUUGAAGGUGGUACAGAAUAUACAAUUAGCAAUUCAAUUGGUGAUGAAAUAGAGUACGUAUUUAAAGGGAUAGUGUUGAUCGUAAUAAGUUGUAUAUUAUUUGAGAAAAAUAGCAUCUUGGAUAGUGAAUUGUUAAAUCGAUUACAAGGAUUUGGUAUACCAAUAGACGGGACAAAAAUACCUAUAUUAAAGUAUAAUGUUGAUGAAUUAUUGAAAAAAAUGGAAAGAAGAGGAUAUGUAAGUAAGAUUGAGGAACAAUCCGGGUCGUCCAAGAUAUUAAUAUAUAUGAUUGGAAAACGAACUAUGAUGGAAUUCGAUGUUGAGUCAUUGGCUAAAUUUAUACAGAAGAUAUUUAACAUCGAAGAUGAACAGCUAACGCAAGAACUUGAAGAUAAUAUAAAGAAUAGUAUCGGUAAUGCAUAUAAAAGUGCUAUUUAA